AACUUUGGAGUUUUUCAAAAAAAAAGAAAAGAAAAGUUAUGCAGUUCGUCUAAAAAAGAAGGAAAGUGGGUUAAAAGGGAGGGAAACCCCUUAAACCCUAAUCACAAAACCCCUCUGUCUCUCUCUCUUUCUCAAUUACUCUAUAAAUCUUCUCUAUAUAUGUACCAAACAGACACACACACGUUCUUAUGCCCAAGUUUAUUUUUUAUCAUAAUCUUGUUGAUGUGAUUAUUGAGCUGGGAUCUGGCUAUUGCGCGCACACACACGUAGUUGCAACUUACCCAUAAUGAAUUUUGCAAGCAGGCUUAUUCGAACAGCUUCGUUCCUCAAACACCCACUUUUGUCUUCUCAGGGUAUGCGAAAAGGGGUUUUAGGAACAGCCUCACAACUAAGCAACUUCUCUUCUAGAGGUAAAAGGAAAGCAAAAUCAGAUGAAAGUGACUCGGGAGAAGAAAAUAUGUCGAAGAAAGAUCUGGCACUAAAGCAAGCUUUGGAUCAGAUUACUACUUCAUUUGGGAAAGGGUCCAUCAUGUGGCUUGGUCGUUCCGUCUCUCCUAAGGAAGUUCCAGUAAUUUCUACAGGAUCUUUCACCUUGGAUUUGGCACUGGGUAUUGGUGGUUUUCCAAAGGGACGUGUUGUUGAGAUUUUUGGUCCAGAGGCUUCUGGAAAGACUACUCUUGCCCUACAUGUUAUAGCAGAGGCACAGAAGCAAGGAGGAUACUGUGUUUUUGUUGAUGCUGAGCAUGCUCUUGAUCCGGCAUUAGCCAAGGCUAUUGGGGUAAAUACCGAAAAUUUGCUUCUAUCACAACCAGAUUGUGGGGAACAAGCCCUUAGUCUUGUGGAUACCAUAAUUCGCAGCGGUUCGGUUGAUGUUGUUGUCGUGGACAGUGUAGCAGCUCUAGUGCCGAAGAGUGAACUUGAUGGUGAGAUGGGGGAUGCACACAUGGCAAUGCAAGCUAGGCUUAUGAGUCAGGCACUGCGCAAAUUAAGCCAUUCUUUAUCCAUGUCCCAGACUAUACUGAUAUUUAUAAAUCAGGUACGGGCAAAGCUAUCUACUUUUGGGUUUGGUGGACCAACCGAAGUAACCUGUGGUGGAAAUGCCUUGAAGUUCUAUGCUUCGAUGCGCCUGAAUAUCAGGAGAACAGCUCUCGUGAAGAAGGGUGAGGAGACUGUUGGAAGUCAAGUUACAGUAAAGAUUGUGAAAAACAAGCAUGCCCCUCCAUUUAGAACUGCACAAUUCGAGCUCGAGUUUGGAAAGGGAAUAUCUCAAGAAGCAGAAAUUCUAGAGCUGGGAUGCAAACACAAGUUCAUUACGAAGGCAGGCACUGCCUAUUACAACUUAAAUGGUCGGAGCUUCUGUGGCAAGGAUGCUAUCAAGCGCUUUCUGGCUGAGAAUCAAGAUGCCAAAGAGGAGCUCGUAAUGAAGCUUCGGGAGAAACUAAUUGAUUCUGAGCGGCACAAGGAAAUCGAGAAUGAAACAGAGUCUACAGAAGAAAAUCCUACUGACAAUAUUAUAUCCGAAACGACUGAUGAGGAAGUAAUAGCUGCAGCUGAGGUAUAAGUGUGAAAAUGGGUCCAGAAUUGUGGGGACCUUAGUUCCUUUGCCUUUAUCCUCUAUUUCUCUAUAAAUUACAUGUUAAAUUGUACACACCUUGGCAUGAAGCAUUCAGAUGGACCCGACUUAUUUUUCACCUUUUAUUAACAGUAAGGUCUGCUGAUGUUUUCAACCAAACCCCUGUAAUUUAUAUCUGUAAGUAUAGAAGUUUUUGUUCUUAUGAGUCUAUGACUUUGUAGAUUUAAGAUAGAAAGCAGAUAUCUCCUGGUAUAGUUCUAAACUCUUGUUCUGUCAAAAGUUUUCUGCUGGUAAAAGUGGCUGGUCUUGUA